UUGGCAGUCUUCAACUUUAAGAGAAUUUAUGUCAAAGAUGUUUUAUCAUUCAUAAUUACAUUAUAUUUCAACAAUAUAUAAUAUAAAUAGCAUUAAAAAUGAGCUUAGCCACACGUUUAUGUUUAUUAUUCAGUAAAAAUUUAGUCACCGCGACUCGUAGUUUACAAUUUGUACAAAGAAAUAUAAAUCUUGACAAAAAGCCUACUCAUUUUCUGAGCUAUAAUGACAUUAUAUAUCCAGUACAAGGUUUUGAUGAAGAACGUCGUCCAGCUUACGUUUGCCAUCAAAAAUGUAACAUAAGGUAUACACCAAAGAAAAUGACGUAUGUAGCUUGGUUAAUUAGAGGUAUGUCCGUAGAUGAAGCUAUUAAACAAUUGAGUUUUGUAUUGAAAAAAGGAGGAGCAAUUGUUAAAGAAGCAAUUUUAGAAGCUCAAGCGAUGGCUGUUGAACAUCAUAAUGUAGAAUUUAAAAGUAAUUUAUGGGUCGCGGAAUCUUUCACAUCAAAAGCUUAUACAAUAAAAGGUAAGAGGAAACACAAAGGAGCACUUUUUGGGGAAGUGAGAUAUACUUAUUGUCAUUAUUUUGUUCGCCUCGAGGAAGGUGAACCACCUAAAGAUUAUUAUAAAACCAAUCAUAAAUCCUCCAGCGAAUUGUUAGAAGAUUGGAAAGAACAAAUGCGAAGACGUAAAAUUCCUAAUUCUUUGUAAAUAAAUUAUCUAUAAACGUUAAUA